AUGCUUGUUACUUCCGCCUCAGACGAGAUGCAGGACAGCAAGGAGAUCCAUGUCGGCGUACUCGAACACAAUGUCGGUCGGUUUUUGGUUGUAGUACAGCCCGAAGAAGCGUGCUACAUUGAUGUGAUGGAUGUCGACGAAGCUCCCAAAAUCACUGAUCGUCAUUUGAGGUACGUCUUCCACUUUGACGAUCCGACUGCGGUCCCGGAACGAUUUGCCGAUCCAUGCAUCCGAGGUUGA